AUGGGCAUCCUGAUUGCCUUUGCCUCUCAGGUGCAGGUGCCAAGGUCCCAGCAGCAGAUGAAGAAAACCGUCGUCAACUAUCUAGCGGUUGCCGUCAUUUUCUUCGUCAAUGGAUGCACACUUCCUACUCAGGUUCUAGUAGAAAAUCUGAGCCGUUGGAAGGUGCACAUCUUCACCCAAGUGCAAUGUUAUCUCCUGACCUCAUCUAUUAGCUAUGGUAUUGUCAGCAUCUGUGCAACUGAUAGGUAUUUUAUGGAUCCAGCACUAUUGAUCGGAAUCAUAAUUCUGGGGUGCCUUCCUACCGCCAUCUCUUUCAAUACAAUAAUGACCAGAAAGGCCAACGGAAAUGGAGCCUUGACUAUCGCGCAGUCGACCAUUGGGAAUCUUCUUGGUCCAUUCCUGACGACAGCUUUGGUAAAGCUCUACACCGGCACUGGCGUCUGGUACACAGACAUCCUGCCGGGGACCGAAGGAUUCACCGAAACAUAUCGAUAUGUCUUUAAGCAGCUGGGGCUUUCAGUUUUUGUUCCACUGCUGGCCGGGCAAAUCAUAGUCAGCGUAUUUCCACGUCUAGUGAAGAUUGUAUUCAUAGAGUGGAAAAUGAACAAACUGAGCUCUUUUGCAUUAUUGAUCGUUAUCUGGAGUACUUACGAUGGUGCAUUCGAAUCAGAUGCGUUUUCCAGCGUUCAGUCAGAUAACAUGGUAUUCGUUGUCUUUAUCUUGGUAGCACUAUUUCUGGUGUGGAUUGCCAUCGCCAUUCUGGUCUCAUGGCUAUGGCUCAGCCGCGAGGACACGAUAGCUGUGGCAUAUCUGGUGCCCACCAAAACUCCGGCGAUGGGUGUGCCAAUAACGACGAUCAUGUUUGCGGGGCUGUCUGAAGCCGCUCAGUCUAGGGUGCAGCUGCCCAUGGUCAUUUACCAGGGGGUCCAAACGACUCUUAGUAGCUUGUUGACUAUUCCCCUGAGGAAAUGGAAAGCUAUCGAGUCUUCGCGGCGCCGAUUGGUGCAGGCUGAAACUUCGGAACUAAACGAUCUGUCGCAGGAUACAGGCUUACCUACGAGGCCUGCGAAUAAUAGAUCAGUCAGUACUAUAGCAUGA